AUGUGCUCGCUGCCUGUGCCCCGGGCGCCCCUGAGCCGCGUGGCCGUGACCGGGGGCACCCACGGCAACGAGAUGACGGGCGUCUACCUGGCCCGGCACUGGCUGCGGGCACCGGCGGAGCUGCAGAGACCCAGCUUCUCCGCCAUACCCGUGCUGGCCAACCCCAAGGCCGCCGCCGCCUGCCGUCGCUACGUGGGCCGCGACCUCAACCGCACCUUCACCAGCACCUUCCUCACACCCCAGGUUUCCUUCACAUCAGCCGCCACAGGCUGUGUCUACCUGUCUUGCCUGGAGCUGGGUCCCCAGCCCCAGGGCGUGCUGCGGGCAGACGUUUUUUCUCGGAUGAGGGCCCUGGUGGCCAGAGUUCUGGACUUCAUCGAGCUCUUCAACCAAGGCACGGCCUUUCCUGCCUUUGAGAUGGAAGCCUACAGAAACGUGGGCGCCGUGGACUUCCCGCGCACCGAAGACGGGGACCUGGCGGGCACCGUGCAUCCUCAGUUGCAGGACCGAGACUUCGAGCCGCUGUGGCCCGGGGCACCCAUCUUCCAGAUGUUCAGCGGUGAAGACCUGCUCUUCGAGGGGGCGUCCACUGUGUACCCCGUGUUCAUUAACGAGGCCGCCUACUACGAGAAGGGCACGGCCUUCCUCCUCACCGAGAAGCUCACGUUCACCGUGCCCGCCCUGCCCGCGCUGACCCCCGUCCCCACCCCGGCUUCCUAAUCCAAGCCACCCCUGCUCGGCCUCAGCCUUCCCAUCCGAACAAUGGGCCUGGAGACCCAAUUCCAAGCUCAGGGGCCCCUCGCUCCUGGCCGCCAUUUCCCGUUCUAUAAAACAGAAAAUGUCCAGAGGUC